AGCACAUUUUAUGUGUUGGUCUGUGGCAAAGGUUCAUGUCACUGCUUCAAUCCUCAGCAUCUGAAGUUGUCUGUCUGAUGCUUUACUUUUUUGGGUGUCUGGAUUAAUCCUGACUGAAUCAUGUCAGACAGUAUACUGGAAGAGAUCUUCAUUAAACGCUCUCAGCAGAAGAAGAAGACCUCCCCUUUGAACUACAAGGAGAGAUGGUUUGUUCUCAACCAGGAAAAAAUAGCCUACUAUGAUUUUGAUUCUGACAAAGGGAAGCGAAAAGGUUUGAAAGGAUCAGUUGACCUUGAGAAGAUCAAAUGUGUGGAGAUGGUCCAGCCGGAGCCCAAUUGCCCUCAAGAGCGCAUCUAUGCUUUCCAGAUCAUUUACGACGAGGGUCCGCUGUACAUCUUUGCAAAGAACGAGGAUGUCCGGGCUCUGUGGAUAAAAAAGCUGAAAGAAAUGGUGCGCUUCAACAAGGAUCUCAUGCAGAAGUACCAUCCUUGUUUCUGGGCGGAUGGGGUUUGGCUGUGCUGCCAGCAGGAAGUUAAACAAGCUAUGGGUUGCAAGGUUCUGGAUAGUAAGAACGGCUUUGCAUCCAAAGCAUCUCGGCGGAGGGGAUCCAGGAAACCCCUUCCUCCUACCCCAACAGAGGAGAAGUCUGUUCGGCCUUUACCUCCACAGCCUCCUGAGACACCUGCACCCUCCGUAGGCAUGACUGUCAUGGCAGAAUAUGAUUACACACCCAUGACAGCCCAAGACUUGGAGCUAAGGAAGGAUGAAGAGUACACCAUCCUGGAGAUGUCUGAUCAGAACUGGUGGAAAGCCAGAGACAAAUAUGGAAAGGAAGGAUAUAUACCUUGUAAUUAUGUUGUGGAAGCCACAAAUGGGCUAGAAAAAUUUGACUGGUAUUCCAAGAAUACGAACCGUAGCCAGGCAGAACACCUGUUGAAGACAGAGAAUAAAGACGGAGGCUUCCUGGUACGAGACUCGAGCAAGGCCGGGAAAUACACAGUGUCUUUGUUCAGUAAGGGUGGCGGGGAAACUGGUGGAAGCUGCAGACAUUAUAACAUCUGUACCACAGCACAGGGCCAGUUCUACCUGGCAGAGAAACAUAAUUUCAGCACCAUCCCAGAACUCAUCAACUACCAUCAGCACAAUGCAGCAGGUAUGGUUAGCAGGCUGAAAUACAUUGUAUCUAACCGUACACGGCCUCCAUCAACAGCAGGACUUGGAUAUGGUGUGUGGGAGAUUGACCCCCGUUACCUCACCUUCAUCAAGGAGCUGGGCACUGGUCAGUUUGGAGUGGUGAAGUAUGGAAAGUGGCAGGGCCAACAUGACGUUGCCAUUAAGAUGAUCAAAGAGGGAUCCAUGUCUGAAGAUGAUUUCAUAGAAGAAGCCAAAAUCAUGAUGAAGCUUCGCCAUGAAAACCUGGUCCAGCUGUACGGCGUGUGCACCAAACAAAAACCCAUUUACAUAGUGACUGAGUUCCUCUCCAAUGGCUGCCUGCUGACGUACCUAAGGGAAGGCCUGACGCAGCACCCAACAACUGUCCAGCUCCUAGAGAUGUGUAAAGACGUCUCCGAGGGCAUGGCCUAUCUCGAGUCACAGCAGUACAUCCACAGAGACCUGGCUGCGAGGAACUGUUUAGUAGAUGCGAAUGGAUCCGUCAAAGUGACUGACUUUGGACUUUCAAGGUAUGUCUUAGAUGAUGAAUACACAAGCUCAGCAGGUUCCAAGUUUCCUGUUCGCUGGUCACCUCCUGAGGUCCUCCUCUACUGCAAAUUCAGCAGCAAGUCAGACAUAUGGGCAUAUGGGGUUCUUCUGUGGGAGGUGUACACUUUAGGACGGCUUCCGUAUGAGCGCCUUAACAACACGGAAAUAGUGGAUCAGGUGUCCCGGGGCCUGCGCCUCUACCGCCCCCAGCUGGCCAAUGAAAAGGUCUACAGCAUUAUGACAAGCUGUUGGCAUGAAAAAGCAGAUGAGAGACCCACCUUUCAGGAGCUGGCGCUGACUGUUCAGGAUUUGCUGUACGAGCUCCAGUAGAUCUCAAAAUAAUCACGGCACACACACUGAGAGUCCUCUCUGGUCCCCACAGAGCAGCAUCUCCGUCUGUCCCUGGAAAGUCAACACAGUCACAGUUAACAACGUGAACAUGAGACUGCACAGCCACACAGAUAUCCUCUGUAAUGUGAUAAUACUUAAUAUGGAUUCCACUAUAACUUGUUGAUUAGAAUAGCCUUCUUUUUAAAUUACUGGAAGUACAGUCCUACAGGCUAGCAUUUGAAAUGUGUAUAUUUUAUUGACGGUUAUCUGUCUUUGUUGAAUCCUAUGUAUUGUAUUCUGUGGAAUCAUUGUGAAAUGUAGUCACCUAUCUAUUGCACAAAUAAAAGCCAAGUAUGCCGG